AUGAGUGGUAUCAAGGUUUGCACGAAACGUGGCGAAGUUCCAACUCGCAAAGAUCCCGUUCAUGAUGCCUUUUCGCAUGACUGGAAUACCAUUUCCAACAUUAUUGAGCGUCGAAUAAUUAAUCUUUCGAAUCAAAACUGCGUCGAAGUUGCUAAAUACAUCAACACAAUGUAUGAAACGUGUAUGAAAACACCAUCUACUGGCCAGAUCCCCACGGCGUUGUUGCUAGCCAGUGUAAACACACCUGACAACGACUCAUUGUUCGCCCAGCUGAAAAAAUUACUGGUUACCAAAGGUGGCCACGUUGCAGUUAUUGACACCGGGUCGAAUACUUCUUCAGCAAGACACAUUAUCACGUCUGCUGUGCAACAGUUCACAACGCGGAAGGACUUGUCUGUUGGGGACGGGGUUGAUACAACUCCGCCUUCGAAUAAAGGCUCUCCACCGAAUGGUUUUUCGGAUCUGGAUACACAAGUUACUUCCGACUUGGUGGAAGGCGUAAAGUCUUUAUCGCUAAACACUCCCCGGAAAAUAUCACCGAAGCAAUCUGAAAAUACACCAGUUCGUCAGACUCCGCAUUCUCGCGCAAGCUAUCAUCCAGCUAGAACGGCAGGACCGAGGUCAGUUGCCCGUCGUGGUCGUCGCAUGACCGGCAUGCCUGGACGAUCAACGCCCAAAUCACCAGCAACUCCCAAAGCCUCCGCCCACCCCAUUAAAACGCGGUCCGGGCCUCUGGUCAUCAUUAUUCCCGCCGUGGAGGCGAUCUCCGCCCCCGUCCUCCGCGACUUCAUCCACAUCACGUCGAUCUACUUGAACAGCGCGCAAAAGCGCCUUCCGGUGUGCUUUGUCUUCGGCGUCUCGAGCACAGCCGACCUCGGCUUUGAGAGCCGCUGCGACGCCCAAACCCUCUCCCGAUUGGCCAUCAAACGCUUUCACAUGCCCCCGCCAUCAGUGUUUCUGCAGGCUGCUCUGACCGAGUUACUUCACGUGCCUGGAUUCCGCGCUUCCCGUGGACUCAUGUCGUUUUUAAUCGACUCGCUCUACAACUGCCUCGACUACUCCAUUGAACACUUGCUCAAGCGAUACAAGCUAGCCAUGUUGACCCACUACCUGACUCUGCCGCACGCGAAAUUGUUGGCACCUCUGCGCGAGGCCAAAGCCUACGUCGAGUCGUUGGGAGACGGGGAAAUCGCGCGUCUUCUCUCCAUGUAUCCCUCACUGUCUCACCUCAAAAACUCAUCUAAUGAAAAUAAGGAGAAUGAAGAGGCUGUUUCGGAGGGAGGGGAAAAGCCGCAGACUCGAGAUGUCUUGUGCGAGAUGCUUAAACGUCAUUGGCUCACUCAGCUGAUUCUUCCGCCGAUUCUUAAUUGGCUCCUGGCGUUGUUUGAACACUUAUCGAUUCGUCCGAUGGGCAGCAAUCUGACCGAUCUCUAUCGCGAGUGGCUCUCCGCACGCCUAGUCAACGAAGGCACUUUCGCGCAGACUGUUAAGUUGUUCAAGGCUCUGGACAGGACGCAAGUCAUGGCCUCCAUCGACGCCUCCAUCGGCAACCUGCAGGCCUCCAUGGGAGUCCUGGUCGUGGCCAAGUCGACCAUCCCGCCCAGCGACGCCAGCCCCGUCGCCCCCACCGGAACAACACGCCGGCGCUCAUUGGUCGAGGGUGUCGCUGGCGGUGCGUGCGUCCUCGAGGACUACCGCUGGAAGGCGUGUCUCUCUGAGGCCCUCGAGGUGCUGGCACACUUCAAGGCCACGGUAACUGACUGGCGUCAUCGGCUCGCCACUGUCUCCUCCCAGGGUGAGUGA